AUGCAGUCUUCUGAUGAAACGGAUGAUGUUCUGCCGAAGGAUGAGGAGGUGUUGAAGACGAAAAAGGACAAGUACAAAGUGAUCGCUCUGCUCGGAAAAGGCGGAUACGGAGCCGUCUACUCGGUGCUCCGUCUCUCCGACUCGGAGAAGUUCGCCAUCAAAUGCGAAAAGGCGACGGCGGCGAAGAAGGUGCUUCUGAUGGACUGCAACGUGAUGAAGGGUGCCACGCAGAUCAAGAGUCGGCACUUCUGCACGGUGCUGGAUCGGGCGAACGUCAAGGAUCGGUUCAACUUCAUCGUGAUGAAACUGAUCGGCAAGAACCUCUGGGACCUGCGACAGGACCGCCCGGACGGCCGAUUCAGUCUCGGAACUGCCCUCAAGACCGCCGCCCAGUGUCUCGUUUCCAUCGAACAUCUCCACAGUGUAAGUGGUCUUGCUAGGCACUUUCUUUUCGAAGCACUCAGGAAAAUUGUGCAAAAUUCUCUCAGACAAAUAAUUUCGGGUCCAAUUAUGUAAUUUUUGUUUCCCACGCGAAUUUGUCUAACCCGUGUGCGAAUCUAAUAAUUGGAUUUGCAAUCGACACGGUCUCCAGAGUGGACAAUGGGCGCAAGGCGCAAGGGCGCCCAUUGUCAACUCCCAAUAG